AUGUCACCUGUACGAUCAAAUGUUUCUUCAUCAUCUAAAAAUUAUACAAGUACCACACCCACACAUAUGGCUUCAUUUCGCUGUCCAAAACAUCCAUGUAAACAGGAAACGCUAGAAAAUUAUAUGUCACGAGUGAUGGAAUUAAUAUCCGGAACGAAUAGAAUUCAUACCGUUUUUGAACAUCAUGAAAUUGUUGAGAUAAUUCAUGGAUGUUUAACUGUUUUUAUCGAUGAGCCAACAUUGUUGCAAUUUCCAUUACCGAAAAAUGGUCUUGCCAUAAUUGGUGAUUUACAUGGUGAUGCAUUUAGCUUUCUGAAAGCGCUCGAAUUUUAUGGUUUUCCACCCAAUAUUACCUACCUUUUUCUUGGUGAUUUUCUUGAUCGUGGACCAAUGCAAAAUGAAGUUUUGUUGUUUAUUUUUCUGAUGAAAUUACGUUGGCCAGAAUAUGUAUACUUGUUACGUGGAAAUCAUGAAUUAUAUGAUCUUGCGAAACAAGAUUUUAAAAAUCAGUGCUUAAUAGAUUACAACAAUUCUUUCACAUUUAUCUAUAUCAAUCAAUUAUUCGAUUAUCUUCCAUUAGCAGCAAUUGUUUCCGAUUAUUUCCUUAUUUGUCAUGCGGGUGUAUCACAAUGGAUGACUUGUCGCGCUAAUAUAGCAAAUAUCCCGCGACCAACCAAUUUGAAUAAUAUGAAAAUUUUAGAAGGCUGUAUUAUUACUGAUAUACUUUGGUCAGAUCCAAAACCAAAUCAAAAAUUGCCAUUUGAUUUAAGUGAACGCGGUUGCUGUUAUAGUUUUAAUCGAGAAGCAUUACAUGCGGUACUUCAAGCAUUAAAUGUUCAUAUGUUAAUCCGUGGACAUCAAAUAAUUCCGGAAGGUAUUCUAGAUAAUUUCGGUGAUGGAAGCUGUAUUACUGUUCAUACAGCUACACGUGAAAAUGUGGGUUGCAAUACAUCUGGUACAAUUAAAAUAGUCCUUAAAGAUGACGGAAAUUUCACCAUGGAAAAACGUAUAGCUAAGAUAAAAUGCAAAGAAGCUAUAGUCGAAUUACGUGAUAUAGUUCGUGCAUCGUUGCAUGAAAGUUUGCAUAAUAACAGGUUAAGUCGUAUUUUUCAAAAAUGUCGAUGGUGUCGAAAAGCUUUUCCCGAAAAUAUCACUCGUUGGAUACGUAAUUCGAGUGUAGCAGAAAUAGCCUUUUGGAUUUCUCGAUAUGCCUCUCAUUAUGCUCAACGUGAUGAAAUAUUUCAUGAAGCAUGGAGAAGUCGAUCUGAUCGAAUGAUGAUUCUACGAGCUUAUCAAUUAUUCCCAGUAUUAUACGAUGCGGUAGCCUUUAAAGGUGGCACAUCAGCAACACCUGCCACCUAUCGUGUCAUUUUGGCUGAAUGGGAGAAAGCAUUUCUAUUCAAAUUAUUUAUGACAGCUUCCGAUUUUGAGUUAACUGAAACGUUAGCAAAUGAUGUUGAUCCAGGCCUUUUGGAAAUUCAGCAACAUCGACCAAAUCCUAAUUUUUUAAUGCGUGCAUCACGGCAUGUUAGAAAUAUAUUGCGACAUGCUAUGGUAUGCAUAAAAUUGAUGCAUUUAAUUAAUUAG